AUGGCGAAACUAAUUACCGGAAAGGGGAUAGGCUUCCAGCAGCUGCUGGAAGCUUGUAGAAAUAGUAAAUUUGUAGCUUUAGACUUGAACAACGGUGUAAUUGGUAACUUUCAACUGACUCCGAUUGGAAGAAUGCUUCGAAAUAAUCUACGGGAGGAGUUUAAACGGAGUGAUACCGAAACGGUGGUGUAUGAAGGAAGCUGCGGCGUUUCACUGCGGGAAAAUUUACAGUUCGUGAAGGAGUCAUUUUCUACCAACCUGCCGUUUGGUAUUGCUCUGGAAAAACCUUUUCGUAAUGAGAAAAUUUCGCUAAGCGAAUCAUUUCAGCUUGCACUCCCGACGGGAUCAUUCCUUACACGUUCGUAUUUCGUUAAUCCCUCGGUGAGUCGGGAAUAUAUGUAUAAAGUACAGCGACAACGCAAAAUUUGGUGGAUGCGAUUCGCAUGUGAUCCGGGCAGGUAUUCAAUUUCCGAUACGCGUCAGGAUGCUGAAAGUCGAAUACAAACCACCUCCAUUCGGGCACAACUGGGAGGAGAGGAAUUGACAUUGGAACAGCUGGAGCUGAUUCCCAGUGCAACAAUGCAGGAAGAACUAGCAGGGUUUCAAGCUAAAAUUGGUCGUACUAACAGUCGAAAGAUUACCCCAGACGUAAUCCGGAUUGAGCAGUGUGUAGAACUCGCCACGUUGGAAGUGAUAAUGGAUGCAAUUGAAAGUGGCGGUCUCAGUAGUGUUCGAAUACAUCGAAAACUGGCUCCGUACAAGUGUGGGAUCGUUUGCGUGGUGGAAGGUGCUUCCCGACUGGAAGAGCUGCGAGAUCUUGCCAGUCAUCUAGCCAACGUAUUGCGACGAGCGAAUGUCACCGCCCUGGAUUGCACCUCUCCAACAAACGGAUCCAGCGAACGCACUCUCACCAAGCAGCUAAACCACCUGGACUCAAUUGGUGUCCCCUUUAGUCUAGUACUCCGCGACCAAAGCCUGCAGGCGGGACUACUCCAGCUACGAUCCCGGGAUACAACCAUCAGCGAAACCAUUCACAUUUCCGAUUUGCCGCACUAUUUAUUACGAAUUAUAACCAAUUAGUGAAAUAAAUUACAGUUGACUUUAAACGAAA